AUGGCCACCCACCGCCUGACCUUCCUCUACCCCCACCUAUUCAAAUCAACAGCCCGCUGGGGUGAGCCCGUAAUCGCUGCCCGAGGAGCUCGUCGCAAGUCGCAACACCCACCUGCCUUCCUCUGCCAACACCAACACCAUGGCUUCACAUCGCCCUCGGCCGGGAGACAAGCCGCCUUUGCCAAACGAGCCGGCAAGGGCGUAGAGCCACUGCCACACCACGAGACCUCUGACCUGCCCCCUAAACCCGCGCAAGACAGCAAACAAGAUGGAGCUGGGAAGCAUAGUCAAGAUUCGAAGCCAGGGGACGAAGGGAAACAGCAAGAAACAAAACAAGACGCCCCCGAAAGUCAACAAGAGACUCACCACAAAACAAUCAAACCCACCACCCCCGCCGAAACCCAAACCAGCGGUCCAAUCCACGACCCUCCUCCUCCGCCACCACCACCACCACCCCAACCCGCCCACGACCCCUCCACAAUCGAACUCCCUCCCCCAUCCGACAUCGAUCCGAUCACCCAAACGAAAAAGGGGUCACCAAUGGAUGAAAUCCUCCACAUGGGCCCUCCCCCCUCUUCCUCCCCUGACGCGCCAUCAUCACCUAUAACCCCCUCCUCCCCUCAGAACCACCCCCCUCAACCCAAGAAACCACCACCACCACCACCACCACCACCACCAUCUCUUCCCAAGAGAACGCAACCACCCAACAAAAACCCAAACAAACCUACAUCCACCACUUCGACUCCUACUCCCUAG